GGACCCAAACGUUGCCUGUAGUUGUGCCUGACGAGUUAGUGGGAGUUUUUCUUAGGUUUGAUGUAGUUUAGUUGCUGAGUUUUUUAUACUAGAAACAUUAUACUGAUAUUUUUGUUAGUUAAAAAAGGAAGCGCAAAUCAAAGUUCACGUCGCCAUUGAUACAAUUAUAAAAGGAAAUGUAUCACAACAGCUCUCAGAAAAAGUACUGGACUUUCCAGAAUGAAGAAGCGAUGGACAAGCUGAGAUAUCAAGCCAAUAAGAAAUUCGUAUCAAAGGUCACAGCGAGUGGAAAGGCUGGAAUAAAUGAAUCCUUAUUUCUGGAUCCCAGGGAGGAAGAUGUGAUAUUUAAGCAUUAUGAGAAGAGGCUUCUGGACUUCUGUGCAUUUUUUAAGCCAGCAAUGCCAAAAUCUGUUGUGGGCACAGCAAGUAUGUAUUUCAGGAGAUUUUACUUGAAUAAUUCAGUAAUGGAGUACCAUCCACGGAUAAUCAUGCUAACCUGUGUGUACCUGGCUUGCAAAGUGGAUGAGUUCAACGUCUCAAGUUCCCAGUUCGUUGGCAAUCUCCGGGAAAACGCUGCAGGCCAGGAGAAGGCACUGGAACAGAUCCUGGAAUAUGAGCUGCUGCUCAUUCGGCAGCUAAAUUUUCAUCUUGUUGUCCACAAUCCUUACAGACCCUUGGAAGGUUUUCUGAUUGAUAUAAAGACAAGAUACCCAGCCAUAGAAAACCCAGAGGUUUUCAGGAAGGCAGCCGAUGACUUUCUGAACCGAGCCACUUUGACAGACGCUGGCCUGCUGUUUCCUCCAUCACAGAUGGCCCUGACAGCUGUUAUGAAUAGCGCUUCCCGGGCUGACCUGAAUAUGGAGAGUUAUCUUUCUGAAUGUAUGGGAUUAAAGGAUGACAAGGAAAAACGUUUGCAGCUGAUAGAUUCAAUGAGACGUAUUAAAAACCUGGUAAAGAAAUAUGAACCCCCCAAAACAGAAGAGGUCAAUGUUCUUAAGCAGAAGCUAGAGAAGAUCCAUGCUGAAUUUGUAAUGAGCACAAACUCAAAAAAAAGAAAAGGAUAUGAAGAGGAUGGCCAUGUGGGAAAAGAAAAACAUGUUGAAGAGGAGGAGUGGACAGAUGAGGAAUUUAUGGAUUCUCUUUAAGAGAUGGGUCUCCUUUUAAACAUUUUCCUUCCAGGUAUAUAUGGACUGGAGAGUUCAACAUCUUGAGGACUUGACAUUAAUGUACAGUGGUAAAUAACCUGCAUCUGUGGGAAUAAGAAAUGCUUUUGUAAAGCACUGGCAGAAGUAGUCACCAAAACGGCAGUUUUAUUUUUGGUGUUUAAAAUUUUACUUCUGCUGAGAAAGGAUGUAACUUUUUUCAUGUUUUUUUCAAUAUUAUUAAUAAAUUUUUAUACAUUUUUCUUUACAGUCCUGUAAGACCUGUAUGAGUUCUUUAGUGGUGCAUACUUGAAGCACACUUGUUUAUAGCUUUUCUUUUUGCAGUGCUAUAAGUAGGCUUCACACUCUGGAUAACAGUAUCAGCUGAAAAUGUUACAGUGAUUAUAGAUGUUGUAAAGCAUUAUCAGGCUUUCUUCACCAUAAAGGGAAACAAUAUACAUGCGAUGUAUGUUAACAUGAUGUGAGUUUCAUAAUUAUAACAUCUUGUAGUCUGCCUCCUAACAAAAAACUAACUAUAGCAAAGAGACUGUUUCCCAUAUUUACUGCUUUGAAGCAUAGAGCUUUUACUUUUGUUUGAUAAUUUAUUAAAUUAACCACAAACUUAAAAGUUUUA